UUUUAGUUUGUUUAUCACCAAAACGAAGACGUAUUCGCAUCUCCUACUGGUCAAAAGUAUUGAAAAAUAUCUUCAAAGACGGUACAAAUUAUAUUUUAAUAUGAUGUGGUUAAUGGCUUACGACUAUAUGGAAGAAUUCCUGCAAAUAUUAAAAAUUUAUGUGGCUUUUGUACACUUCAUUGAACUGGCCUGUCCGUCGCGAUUGCGUUGGGCCCGCGAGGAGUUUAACCAGAAUGAAAGGGAUAUAAAAUCGAUAUAUAAUCAGUUAUUGGAUAUUGUCAAACAGAGGAAUAACCGUGAAUUUCGAAAAUUUACGCGCAUUAACAUUUCCACCUACGAACAUUUGGUACAAUUGUUGAAGAAGAAACUGCAAAAGUAUUCGGCUAGAAAACCUAUACCACCAGAAUGCCGUCUGUUGUUGACACUAAUGUAUUUGGCUUAUGAUUCCCCCCGACCAUUGUUGCAAAUGGCAUUUCGUCUGGGCUCGACUACGCUGAGGAGUAUAAUUACGGAUACAUGCGAAUGUAUAGCCAAUGAAUUGGCCUCUGGCUACUAUUUGACUUCAUUGCGUUCCGAGGACUACUAUGAAUUGACCGAACAAAAUUUGGAGGCCACUGGCAUGCCAAAUUGCAUUGGCAGCUUGGAUGCCAUACAAUUUUUGACUGAAAGAAAGACAAGAGACCCCAUAGUGGUUGUGGCUUCCUGUAACACCAAAUACCAACUCAUCAAUGUCGAUGUGAACAUGCUGGGAGAAGUGAUGAAAAACGAUAACAUAAUUAAUAAUUUACUUCAUAAUAGGGUUGAUAGCCUGCCGGAUGACAUACAGAUGGCUGAUAGCGGAUUAUUGAUACCCUCCUACUUUGUUACCCCACGAAUUUUCCCCUUUGUUAGGCAUACCAUGAGACCCUAUCCGGGAAAAGUCUUGACUCCAUGCAAAGAGGCAUUUAAUGCCCGACUUAAAACCUGUUCCGACUAUUUAGACAAUUCCUUCGGCAUUUUGAUAUACAAAUGGAAAGUUUUGCAAAAUAGAUUUGCUGGUCUGCCAGAAAUAUCCUGCAAUAUCAUUAAAUCCUGUAUUAUUUUGCACAAUUUUGCUAUAGAACACGAUCGUUCGUAUCUGCACAAUCAGCUAAUGGAUCAUGUGGAUGAAACAACGCAAGAGCUGAAAUUGGGAGUUUGGCGAGAGGCAGUGAAACUGCCCAAAACAAGAUUAUUUAGUAAUUAUGAAAAUACUGCUAAUAACGACGCUUUUGCAAGCAGAGAUUUAUUAAAGGAUUACUUGUUUAAAGAAAGCACAUAAUAAAACGUGUAUGAAAUAUUUAA